UGUUCCCAUGAGAACGCUCCAAUUCAUUUUCGACGCUCGAUGAUAACCCGUGACCUUUAAAUGCCACCAAAGGCGGUGAAUGUUCUGCCGAUGACGCCGAUCUCAUUCAUGACAGUUCACAAAGCCUCCCAAAAAUGAAUACAAGCAACAGAUCUUGUCAAAAUCGAUCGCAAAAUGCCACGAAACCUUAGUGCUGAUCCAGAUCCAUUCUCAAUACGCAAGUCAUGUCUAUCCGCGUCCUGCUGCGGGAGCACCCCCAGCGAUCCAUUGCUCUUGUGACGCCCUCACAUGCCUUGAUAUUCCGCCAUACUCCGUCCGCAACAGACGACCCCCGCAAUGGAUCCCUCACUUCUCUCCAGUCAACGCAGGUACGGACAUCGGUAGACGGAGCCGCAGCGCCCAAAUGUAUGGUGGAGUUCUCGGCGCUCGAUUCUGUGGAUCUCAGUGAUUAUCGAACUCUCAGCCCUUUGCCUGUUCAUGGAACACUCGGACUCAUUACCCUCAAUAACGAUGUCUUCCUAUGUGUGGUGACGGGAGCUACAAAAGUGGCUAAUUUGAGACCUGGAGAGACGGUAGAGAAGAUAUUUGGUGUGGAGUUUCAUUGCUUGAAUAGCAAUGAAUUUGAUAAUACUUUCAGUGACGGGUUGGAUCCAUAUUCAGUGGAAGGGCAGGAUUAUGGAUCGGCUCUGAAUCGAAGAGAGGGGAUCGAACAUCCUUGCUUGGAGUUGCAGAAAUUGCUGGGCAAUGGCAGCUUCUAUUAUAGCACGGAUUUCGAUCUCACCAACAGGCUCCAAGACAGAUCUGCAGAAUCAACAGCCUUCGAUGUAGACAACCUAGACGAAUCUUUUCUGUGGAAUUCAUACAUGAUCAGUCCGCUGGUCAAAUUUCGAUCCCGGCUUGUGGCCCAUGAGAAAGAAGCAUUAGACAACUCGCGGAUUUUGACUUCAGCUAUUCGAGGCUUUGCUCUCACGAUCACUAUACCUGUUUCUUCUAAUCCUCUACGAACAACUACCACCGGCCUCCCUUCCUCUCUUACCCUGAUAUCUAGGCUAUCUGCCAGGAGAGCAGGAACGAGGUUCAAUAGUCGAGGUAUUGAUGAUGACGGCAACGUAGCGAACUUCGUGGAGUCAGAGACAAUAUAUUGGAGUCCUACAGUGGUUGGACAAUCGGAUCCUUUGACGAGUGAGAAACCUGCUGGAAUAUGCUUCUCUUAUGCACAGAUCAGAGGAUCGGUACCUGUUUUCUGGGAGCAGGCUGCUGGUCUGAUUCCAGGACAGCAGAAAAUUUCCAUCACCCGGUCAUCCGAAGGAACCCAACCAGCAUUUGAUAAGCAUUUCGGCGAGUUGGAGCAGAAUUAUGGUGCUGUUCAUGUAGUGAACCUACUCAGCGAGACCAAACCAGGUGAGGCAGAGCUAACUGGCUUAUACCGAUAUGGCAUCAGACAUUCUGCACUCAAUCGCCAGGAUGAGAAAGGCUCAAAAGAUCACCAGCUACUUCGAGAUACGGAAUUUGACUUCCAUGCUGAGACGAAAGGCCCCCAGGGCUAUGAAGCUGCCAGCUUGAUCCGAAGAAUGAUCGAAAAUUCCGCUGAUGGCUUCGCAUACUACAUGUCAGAAGAAAUAGAAGAUCCGAAUGAGGAUAAUCAAGAGAAGCCCCACAGGAGAAAUGUCGUAGUACUGCAGCAAGAAGGAGUUUUUCGGACCAACUGCCUUGAUUGUCUCGACAGGACCAACCUUAUUCAGACGAUUAUUUCUCAAAUGGCUUUUGAAUCAUUUCUCGAGCAUCGAAGAGAAAGAGCAGCUUCGGAUUUCUGGAUGCGUCACUCAAGUCUUUGGGCUGACAAUGGAGAUGCUUUAUCACGAAUCUAUGCUGGCACAGGAGCACUUAAGUCCAGCUUCACAAGACAUGGCAAAAUGUCUCUUGCUGGUGCAAUCGCAGAUGCCAGGAAAAGCGCGACUCGGUUAUAUAUCAACAACUUUGCUGACAAAGGCCGUCAGAACACCAUUGAUGUGUUGCUUGGGCGAAUGAUGGGGCAAGUGCCUGUUCACUUAUUCGACCCAAUGAACGAUUAUGUACAGAGUGAGCUUGCCAAGCGGAGCUCAGAAUUUCAAAAGACCGAAGCAAUUAACAUAUGGUGCGGGUCAUUCAACUUGAACGGUCGUACUGAAGGCAUCGAUCAAGACCUGUCAGAUUGGCUCUUUCCAGGUGUAAAUCCGUCUCAACAGCAUCCUGAAAUCGUAGCUGUAGGCUUUCAGGAAAUUGUCGAGCUUAGUCCCCAGCAGAUCAUGAACAGUGACCCCACUCGAAAACAAGCUUGGGAGAGAGCGGUGCGGAAAACUCUCAACAGACAUGCACGAGCAGCUGGGAGAGAACACUAUGUUCUUCUACGAAGUGGACAGCUUGUUGGUGCAGCACUUUGCAUCUUUGUCAAAUCAUCCUCUCUUCGGAACAUCAAGAACGUAGAAGGCGCUGUGAAAAAGACAGGUAUGUCUGGUAUGGCAGGCAACAAGGGGGCUGUAGCUAUUCGGAUGGAUUACGCCAAUACUCAAAUCUGCUUCGUAACAGCACAUCUUGCUGCUGGGUUCGCGAACUACGAAGAGAGAAAUAGGGACUACACCACAAUUCACCAUGGCUUAAGGUUUCAGCGGAAUCGAGGAAUUGAUGAUCAUGAUACCGUCAUUUGGAUGGGAGACUUUAAUUAUCGAAUAGGGCUUAGCGCAGACAAAGUCAAGCACCUUAUCAAGAUUGGUGACUUGGAGACUCUAUAUGAAAACGAUCAGUUGAAUCUCCAGAUGGUUGCAGGCCUCACUUUUCCAUAUUACUCUGAGUCACGGAUCACGUUUAGUCCUACUUACAAGUUUGAUCUUGGGACCGAUGAAUAUGACACCUCAGAGAAGGCUCGGAUACCUGCCUGGACAGAUCGCAUUUUGAGAAAAGGCACCAACUUAAGGCAAAUCAACUACAACACGGCUCCAUUGCGGUUCUCGGACCAUCGUCCGGUGUAUGCGACUUUCCAAUGCACCGUGAGCAUUGUCGACGAGGCUCGCCGAGAAUCGCUAAGUCGUCAAAUUUAUGAGAAGCGUCAACUUGACAUUGGCAACACUUCGGCCAGCAAUCAGCAUGAUGAUUCUGACGAUGAAGACCUUAUAGGUUACGAUUCAAUUGAACCAGGCUUACCACCUGCAAGUUCAGACAAGAGAAAAUGGUGGCUUGAUGGUGGACAACCUGCUCGAUCUGCUAUCAAGCCUCCACAGAACGGCUUUAUACCAAAUCCAAAGCGACCUUCAAACCCUUAUAGCGUUACUGAUGAGCCGGAUUGGGUGACAGUACCACGACCUCCACCUCCUCGAGGGUCGAGAAACACAACUUCUCAACCUCCGCCAAAUCCUCGGCCAAUGACUUCAGGUGCGACAAAUGGCACAAGGAAACUUCCUCCACCUUUUGCACCCUCUGUAUCGGAAUUGACGAGAACUAUCUCUCAAGCAUCACUGCAGGACGAUAUGCCAACUCCAAGGCCAGCAUUUCCUGCAAGACCAAUCGAACGUCGUCUCUCGACAUCAACAACAAAUUCAUCCUCUUCAAAGAAAGCCCCUCCGCCCGUAGCAAGAAAGCCAGUCCACCUCACAGCCUCGCCCUCCUUGACCCCUUCUCCUACCUUGUCGAACAUAUCUGCGACGCCAGUUCGAAACCCUAUACCUACACAAAAGCCACGAGCAACGACAAUAGACCAAAGCAGCUUCACACCUCCUCCUCGACGGACAAUUGCCCCAAGAGGUUUGGGGAUAGAUGCAGAUUUCAUAAAGAGAGAAAUUGAAGACAAGAGAGGAACUGCGACUCCUCCACCUCCUCCACCACAACCUCGCAGAGCAGGAGGAGCUUCGAGGACAAAUGGUACAAGCAUAACAGGAGAUGGAACAGAAGACGAAGGACCCAAACCAAGACUCCCGCCGCGGCGACCGACGACGACGGAUUUGUUAGGAUCCGACGAAGGAGCCGUAGGAAUGAGUUGGGAAGCUCUCAAACCUUCGUAAGAGGAAGGUUGGCUUCGAUGUUGGAGGUAAGGCAAAAAGGGGCUCUCUUACAGCAGACCUGGGAAUAGAUCAGACCAUUGCCCGUAUUAAGUGAUGGGACAUUCGGUUUCCUUUUCGAGAGAGAGCUGAGGCCCAGGAGGUUCAGGGGAAUCAGACUUAGACUUCAGGGCGGGACGGUAGGUAGCACGACAUGCGCAUGACGGCACAAGCCG